AUGGAUAGCUUACAAGCCACCUACAAAGACGAGGAAGAUGAAGAAGACGAGGCGCCUCCACCCACCGCAGCCACCACCGCCGAAUCACCGGAAGUCCCUCCCGCCAGCACCAGCACGCCCUCCGACACCCCAACUGAACCCCCCAACGAAGCGAGAUCGGAGCUCGACCCCUCCGACGAUAUCUCUGACGACGAGGCCGCCUCCGACGGCUCCAAAAAGUCCCAGAAAUCUGGCCGCGAAGAAGGCGAUGCCUCGGACGAGGAGCCACCGCCAAAAAAACAGAAGCAGCUCUCUUCUCUCACGGCGGAGGCGGCGAAGGAGGAUUUGCCGGCGCCGGCGCUGGCUGAGGGCGUCACCAACGUCACGACUCCGGCGACCAACGGGUCGGCGCCGAACGCGAAGAAAUCGAAGAAGAAGAACAAUAACGUGUGGGCGACAAAGUCGACGCGGAAGGGGAAGAAGAAAAACAACCGAAACAACAAUAACAACAACAACAACGGCAACAACAAUCACGCGAACGGCGAGGACAACGUGCUUAUUACGCCGGUGCCGCGGUUCCCCGACAAGAGCGACGACACGGCGGAGAUGAAGAUUUGUCUGUCGAAGGUGUACAAAGCGGAGAAGGUAGAACUGAGCGAGGAUAGAAUGAGUGCAGGGAGCACCAAGGGUUACAGAAUGGUGAGGGCCACGCGCGGGGUCGUGGAAGGCGCGUGGUACUUCGAGAUUAGGGUUGUGAAGUUGGGGGAGACCGGGCACACGCGCCUCGGGUGGUCCACCGAGAAGGGUGAUUUGCAGGCGCCUGUUGGGUACGAUGGGAACAGUUUUGGGUACAGGGACAUUGAUGGGAGUAAGAUUCAUAAGGCGAUUAGGGAGAAGUAUGGAGAGGAAGGGUACAAGGAAGGGGAUGUUAUUGGUUUCUACAUCAAUUUGCCUGAUGGCAAAAACUAUGCCCCAAAUACACCUCAAUUGGUCUGGUAUAAAGGCCAGCGAUAUGUUUGUGCUCAAGAUGCUAAGGAAGAUCCACCUAAAGUGGUGCCUGGAAGCGAGAUAUCAUUCUUUAAAAAUGGCAUAUGCCAAGGUGUAGCUUUCAAGGAUCUCCACGGUGGUCGUUACUAUCCUGCCGCAUCAAUGUUCACUCUCCCCAAUGAACCAAACUGCACGGUUAAGUUCAACUUUGGUCCUGACUUUGAAUGUUUUCCUGAGGAUUUCAAUGAACGGCCAAUUCCUAGGCCAAUGAUUGAAGUUCCUUAUCACGGUUUUGACAACCGAGUUGAAAAUGAAGAAUCUAAUGAGAAGAAAUCCUAG